CGUCGCCCUUUCAAACAGCAGCACACAUUUCCACAGACAGGGCUGGAGUUCAGUCCUGAGGAAACACUAAUGUCCUGUUGGAAAAACCACAUGUAGAGCCACAUGUAUGCGUUAUCUGGGUGGACUGAGGCCCAAACAGCCUUCAUCUGUUUAAGCGGCCUCACUUCUUCUGUAGCAUCAGCAUCACAGGAACAUAGACUCUGAAGAAGAAUGGCAGUGGUUGGUGUAGGCCUAACAUAUAUCCUUACCUCUACACUGCUCUACCAUGUGCUAGCUGACUCUACCUGCAUGCCAUUGGAGUGUCUAAAUUGUUCUUCGUCUAAUUCAGGAAAUUGCUUGCUGUGCUCCAGAAACGAUACCAACUUUUGUGAUGUUCCCAACAAGUGCAGUCCAGACUUCAAUGUACAAGUGAAUGCCACCUCCUUCACUGUCGAUGAAGGAACUGAACUGACCGUGACCUGUGUUCACAAUCUGCCUCAAAACCUGAGUAUUACCUUUGAGUGGUCAAGUAAUAAUCAGUUGAUUAACGGUGAGAACAGAAGCAUUUUGGUUAUGAAGAUGAAGCAGAAGUUGAAACUAUCGUGUUCAGUUCGGAGUCCAUGUGGAAAUUUCAGCUCUGCCCCUCAGGAUGUAACUGUAAACGAUCAGACAGGGAUGGUUCUGCUAAUCUGUGGGGUAUCAGCUGUGGUAAUCAUUAUCCUGCUUGCUGUUGUUAUGAAAGUUAUGAUAAAGAGAAAUGAAGUCAAAAGGGAGACCAGGAAACGUGAGAGGCAAGCACACAUGCAAGACCUCUCCAGCACUGCCACCACUGUCACACGCUACUGGUGAAAAAGGAAAGAAAAAGAAAGAGAAGAAAGAGAGAGGCUGCAUCCAAAUUCACAUGCUACCAUAUGUAGUGUGUCAAAAGUGAUACUCCUGUAGAAGUUCAUUCAUUAGUGUAGUAUGUAUAGUAGAUUAAUAUGUGGUUUGGAAGCAGCUAGGCUGUUAUUGUACAGAGCCAUUAGCCAUUGAAUCAGUCCCAGGUCUACCUGGAUGGCUGCAGAGUAAACAGACAAAGAAAUAAUAACCUACUACUCUUUGAAAACUCUUUCUGUCCUCUGCUGUUUAAUAAUCACUUUAUGCAAUUGACUAACUUAUAUAUGCUCUGCCCACAAAUAUGUUGUUUUAUAGCAGCUGAUAGAGGUCUGAUAAGCUUUACAGAACCAUGGCAAAAAUCAAGAAAUAAGAAAUUGCGCUACACAACGCAGUUUAACCAGAAUGCCUACAUUCGGAGUGAGUUCUACACAUAAAAUGAUAUUUAUUUUGUGUCUGGGUGAAAGGUCACACUGUUAGACUGGAUGUAAUAAUUUUUUGUGUGAUUGAGGUUUAUAGGAAUAAAGAUCUGAUUGGUAGGUUAAGCAGGACAUUCAAUGAUAAUGAAUAAUUCAAUCAUUAGAACUGAUGCAAAGUCAUUCAGAGUGGGUUUGGUGUGAAAUGGUUCAUUGUAGAGACACUUACUGGCUCUGAUUUCUUUACAGUGGUGGCGAUGAGAGCGAGGGGUGACUGAUCUUACUGUAGAACAAUGUCUCAGACGUCAGGCAGUGCAAUCGUAACUUUUAGAGGCAUCAAAUGCCCCUGACAUCUAGUCCCUUUCACCACCACUGUGAACAACUCUGAUUCAGUAAGAACAGAACUUUUCACAUCAGCAUGAUUUUGUUUAUAUCAUAACCAUUUAAUCAUGCAGACGUUGUGGAGAAUCGGUGAAAUUCUUCUUUAAAAUUGCAUGCUAGCUAAGUUAAUGGUUGUACAAAGAGCUUCUUGCUUCUACUACUAGCAAUUACACUAAUGGCUCCACAAAAGUUGUGCCCUACAAUUUCUCAUUAGGGUGAAGGGAAUUUUUGACGGUAUUCUGUAGUUUGUCUAACCUCACAACAGUAGCUUUAAAAGAAGUGGCUGGAUGGAUAGGUAGACUUUAGUGCACAGUUUUUAUGAGUUUAACAUACUGGGAAAUAUAAAGCCUAAAAUGUGCUGUAAACUUUUGCACAGGCCCAAUUUUAUGUUUUAUUUCCGACCUGUUAAA